AUGCUCGUCAAGUCAAUAUGUCGUAUCUUGCCUAGAGGUUUGAAAUUGUCGCGAGGUAUACAUACUGUAUCCGAUUCUGCCUUAUCCCCAGCUCUUUUAACCAGAGCCCGCCUACUUGCAGCUGAACAUACAAAGCUUUCAGAACGUCUGGGAGAGUCCUUUGACGCAAAAACUGCCAAGCGAGCUGGGGAAUUGGCACCGAUAGCAAAUAUCUUGAAAGAAUGGGUCAAUGUCAAUGAUUCUAUUGUCGAGCUCAAAUCCUUAUUAACGGAUCCAAGUACCGAUGCCGAACUACGGUCUUUGGCAACGGAAGACCUUGAAAGUAGUCGCGAUGCCUUGCCAACAAUAUCAGAUCGAUUGAAGAAGGCUCUCAUUCCACGACAUCCAUUUGCAGACCUUCCUUGUUUGCUCGAAAUCCGACCCGGUGCAGGUGGAGAUGAAGCAGGCUUGUUCGCCUUUGAGAUGUUACGGAUGUAUGUUGCCUUUUGCUCCCGAAGGGGCCUUCGCCCAACAGUUUUGAAGCAGGACACAGAGGUCGGACCGUCCGAUGACCGUCUUAGUGAAGCGGUCAUUGAAAUUGAAGCCAAUGGUGCAUAUGAUAUAUUACGGACUGAAUCGGGAGUACAUAGGGUGCAGAGAGUACCUGCAACCGAGACCAAGGGUCGCACCCAUACCAGCGCCGUCAGCGUAAUGGUCUUGCCGAGUUUCCCAGAGGACGGCAGUGAGGUGGAUAACGCCCUGAAUUUUGAAGAUCCAAACAGCGAUUACUACAUUGACCCGCAAGAGGUGCGGGUUGAAAAGAUGAGGGCUGGAGGUGCUGGUGGACAACACGUCAACAAAACCGAAUCCGCCAUUCGAUUGACUCAUAUCCCCACGCAUACCGUCGUCUCCAUGCAAGAUGAACGGUCCCAGCAGGCCAAUCGGAGAAAGGCGUGGCAGAUGCUACGGGCAAAGUUGGCCGAAGCCCGGCAAGAAGCCCGUGAACAAGAACUUAUGCAGCUCAGACGAGGUAUACUGGGUGGUGUGGCUAAAAUGGGUCGAGGUGAUAAAAUUCGAACCUACAAUUUUGGUCAAAGUCGCUGCACCGACCAUCGCACAGGCAUCACAAUCCACAAUCUGGAUAGUAUUCUUGAUGGUGGUGAUGGUUUGGAGACUGUGAUGGAAAGUGUGCGGACCUGGAUGGCUGAUAGUGAAGUUGAGGCUAUGGUGGCCGAGGAUAUGGCAAAAGCAAAGAGUAAAUAG